UUCCCAUCGCAACUGUCAACCUCCUGCCAGAGGUCGCGCCCCCUCCCCCCAGGCCUGUCGCCGCUUGACGAAGGAGCUUGCAGUGCGCCGUGAGCAGCAAGCGAUGAGCUCGUCCGUGCUGGACGGCGCUGGCGCCCAGUCGCCGGCGCCGCCUGCCUUUUCUCCCCUUACAGACCCUGCCGACCCUGAAAAUCGCGAACUUUCCGAGGUUAAUCUACCACUUCUUGACGACCAAGCUCCAUCCCCGGCCCAGACUCAGACUUUUGCCUUUGCAUCUACCGCCGCUCCCGAGCAUGCCUUGUCCACCCUGACUUCGGCCGACGCGCUCGCCUCGCGGUUCCCAGCAUCAGCAUCUUCUGCUGCCGACGGCGUCAACGGAGUCGCCAUGGAUGGCAGCAAUGGCUAUGGCUUUGGCCACCCCUCAAUGGAUUUUGAGAUAUACCAGCAGCAGACCACCCAGUUGCUCAUGACGCUUGCCCACAUCUCGCAACAGCAGGGUCAGCAGCCCAUCGUGCCGCUCCCGCCAUCAACCGUCCGUCCCUCGCAGGUCACGCUGCCCUACAACAGCUCCCUAUCGCAUGCCAACGAUACUGGCCAGAUAUAUCCCACCCAAGGCGCUGAGCCUUCCCUGCAAUCUUUUGCCAAGAUUGAGUUUGCCGACAGCACCUUUCAGAUGACCACGUACGCCGUCAUCAUCGGGCGUGACCAGCGGGCGUUGGAACAGGCCAGGAGAGACGAGCGUCGCAAUGGCGAGUACCAGCGCAGGGUGGACGAGCACGCGGCCCAGGGCCUUCCGCCCCCUUCUCCCCCGUCUCAGGAUCGAGGCAAGUACAGUAAGUCGUACGUUAGCGAGGAGGGCGGAAUGCUGGGACCCGAGUCAGAUGGCGAGCCCGACCCGCGCCCAUCCAAGAGGUUGAAGACAAGUGGUGCUGGCUCCGGGUCGGGCGAGUCGCAUGCACCCGCCCAAGAGGCGGCCGCACCCGCCGUAGAGCAAGCCGCGCAGGACGACACAAACCUUAUUGUCGAGAGGCAGUACAUAUCCCACACUCCAGGGGCUGCAGCUGUUAAUCUCAGCGCUCUCCGGCCCUCGCCUUACCAUGUGCCCUUUAUCGGGAUUCACUCGCCGGGACCGAAUAUCGCAAGUAGGACCAAGGGUAUCUCCCGAGAGCACUUGAAAAUCCAGUUUAACCAGGCGACCAACGUUUUCGAGGCAAUUCCUCUGCAUAAAAACGGCUUCUUCUACGAAGACGUCCACUAUAAAGAGGACAAGGUUGUGCUGAAAAGCGGUUGCCAUCUUCAAAUCAAGGAUGUUGAUUUCGUCUUCAUUAUCAACGGCGUUCCUCGCGGCAAGACGGGUGCCGAGAGAGAGGUCUUGGAAAACGAAACCGCGUCCAAAGAUGGAGCUCCAUCCAGCCGAAAGUACUCGGAAGGCGGAAAGGAGAUGAGUUUCGAGUUUGAGAGCUCGCACAACGCCGACAGGCGGAGCACCAGCGUCGAGGAUGUCCCGGUCCCGGUUGCCAACGAAGAAAGCCAAAGCGACAUGUCCGAACAGGACGAGGAUCCCGAGCAGGACGACGACGACGACGGCGACGAUAGUACCGGCGACAACGAAGUCAGGGAGACUGUGGAACGAGAUCCUGGAGAGAUACAAUCCAUCAAACCAGAAGCGGGGGCUGGGCACUUUGGCGACGUGGAGUUUCCGCCAAUGCCACCCAAGAAACGAGGGCCAGGGAGGCCGCCCAAGAAUGGCAUCAUGUCCAAGAGAGAAGAGAGGCUGCGCAAGAAGGCUGCCAUGGAGUUGGCCAAGAAGACGAUGCCGCAACCGCCCGCGGGAGAGCCGCCCGUCAAGAGGAAGGUCGGCCGGCCUCGCAAACACCCCCUGCCUGAGGACGCCUCCCAAGAAAGGCCCGAGAAACGCAAAUACAAGCCGCGUAAGAUCAAGAGCGGCGAAGAGGGCGGGGACAUGUCCGAUGUCGAAAAGAUGGUCAAGGAAAAGAGACGAGAAAAACCAAAGACUCCGCCGCUUGAGCUGAGGAGAGAAGACUAUACCGAGGACCGGCUACAAAAACCGAACAAGAACUACGGCGUCCUGAUAGACGAGGUCUUGACUGCCGCACCUGACGGGCUUACGCUAAAGCAGAUCUACAAGAGGAUUCAGAUGAAAUAUCCCUUCUACUACUUUACGGUUGACACGAAAGGGUGGGAGAGCAGUGUUCGGCAUAAUCUCAUCGGCAAUGACGCGUUCAAGAAAAACGAGGAGACCCAUCUCUGGAGCAGGGUGCCUGGCAUAGACAUCGACGCUGGCAAAAAGCGCAAGGCAGCCUCGCCCGACCAGACGGCAUCUUUGCACGGCUUUGGUCAACACUAUCCAGCGGCUUCGGCCCCACAUCCGGCCAUGUUCCACGGCGGGCACGGGUCAUCGCGAAGCCCUAGCUCGAUGCCCCCACGGCCGGCCUUUUCACUUAGCCACAGCCAGCCUAGCAUUGGCACACAGCCGUACCAGCACCAUCUCAACCUCCAGCACACCGGAGUCCAGGCCCAGCAGCAGCAGCAGCAGCAGCAGAAUCUCCGUCAGGCAUACCCGAAUCCUCCUCAGGGGUCUUUGCCCGCCCAAGCUCCUGGGCACGGAGCGCCACCAAGUGCGGCACGCUCCCAGCCAACACCGUCGCAAUUAAUAUCAUACUCUUCGCCAUACGCAACAAAGCCUCCGCCAGUGGUUGGGGGGCAACCUAUUGCCCCUCUACAUAAUAUGGCAAAGCAGCCCACCCAGCCUCCCAACGGGAUAAGCCCAGUCAAUGGCUUGCCCCGGGUCGCUACACUACCCCCAACCUCAGGAACCCCUAGAACCCCUAUUACCAGACACCCUCAGCCGCCACAGCCAACCCCCAACACACUGCCUCUCCAGCCAGCCGUACACCCAGACCUCUUCAACUAUAUAAUCGAGUUCAAGGGAUUAGUUGCCGGGAUGCUAGCCAACAGGACGACGGCGGGCGAGGCCGUCGCCAUGUCCGUUGUCAAUCGAGGUCUAGGCUUAGCGGCAAAGACCAUGGUCCCCGGCGACGAGGGGCUAGAGAAAACCAUACUUGGUGUCUUUAACCACAGCGGGAAGAAGCUCGGCGUGAAUCAGUUCCUCCAUCCAAAAUUGGUUCAGGCGCUUCUAGCCUUCAAGCAUUCUAUGAUAAAGACACUGGAGCCAAGCGUGGGCCCUCUGUGGGCAGAACGCCUGAUACUGUCAGCCGUGGAUCGUGUACUGGGCUUUACAGACAAGAGCACCGUCCCAGGCACCGAGGCCGAGAAGAAGCAACUAGAGAGUGCAGAAAGUGCCCUCAUCAUUGCCAUCAAGAAGGUCGUAAGCGAACACCAGAAGUUGAUAUAUAUGAAUCCCGCACCGCCGCCUGCACCAGCUCCAGCCCCAGCACCUUCACCGGCACCAGCCCCUACGCCGGUACUUGCACCUGCACCGCCACCUACACCUACACCGCCACCUGCAUCUGCACCGCCACCUGCAUCUGCACCGCCACCUGCACUGGCACCAGCUCCGACACCAGCUCUGGCACUUGCACCUGCACCUGCACCGUCACCGCAACCUGGACCGACAACAACACCAGCACCAGCACCAGUACCUAUGUCAGCACCUAUGCAGGCACCUUUAUCCGUGCCCGCCCCUGUCUCUCCUGUCGUAGCCACGAGUACAGCUGGGGCUCCUCAGUAACCACAGUCUGGGAGCACUGACAUCAACAUCGAUAUCAUCAAUAAAAACUGUCCGGCCAGGCUGUCGGGUGAUUCGUGUCUAGCACUAAGCAAUGUAAGCGGUAUUUUUGGGUGGGUUUAGCUCUACGCAGCGAACUAGCCGUUGAAGAAGAGAGGUACACUCCUUGCUUGUAGUGAUGAAUAUUCGGCUC